AGCCCUGCUAAUUCAGCUGAGAUGGAAGCACCUACCCUCUCUGAAACCUUUAGGCUUGCUCUCGAUCUUCAUCAAGAGUCUUGGGACCCUAGGAUGAUCAUUGCCUUGUUUGAAAUUGGAUCAGUAUCCCUUUUCUUCUGGAGUUCUCUCCUUUCCCUAAGGAAGAAUAGCAAUCAAAUUUCUGAACAACUGACUACACAAAAGUUUGAAGAUGCCUUAAACAAAAUUGAAGGUAUCCUUAAAAAUAUUACAGGUUUCGAAAAAACCACAGAUGCAAAACUAUCUUUUGAGGACACCAAUGUUUCGGAUGAUGUGUCAGAACUGAAAGAAAAAAUCAGACAACUUGACAAAAUAAAUAAAACACUAUUUGAAAAUCUGCUUGCUAGUUUAGACCCAGAGAAAUUCCAGAAUGCAAAGAAACAGGAAAAGAUACUGGAAAACCACAACGGCAAGGACACGGUACAUUUUGCAAGGGAUCUGGUAAAUCAUUCAGAAGAAAAAAGAGCCCUUAAUGAAACUCAGCUAAGCCAAGAAAAAGCAAAAUACGGAUUACUUCAUGCUCGAGAAGAAAAUAUCAAACUUAGGAACAACAUGGAGCAGUUACUACAAAAAGCAGAACACUGGAGUAGACAACAUACUGAGCUCAGCGGACUAAUAAAAUUGUAUCAGAAAUCUCAGCAUGACAUAAAAGAACUUCUUGAAAAUAAUAGAGUCCAUUUCCAAACCCAACCAAAUAACAAGGUGUCAGCUAAUCAUGAGAUGGAGGAACAAGUGAGGAAAUUGGAACAUGACACUUACUCUUUGCAUUUGACUGCAGCUUUAUUGGAGAAUGAGUGCCAAAUCUUACAGCAGAGAGUAGGGAUUCUCAACGAACUCCAUCAUGAGAAAGAGAGAGCUCUGACAGACGAUGAACAGGGCAAGAAAGAACAGAAACCAUCAGAAGCAGGGAAAGUAGGAACUCAUAAGCAGAAAAUGAAAGAAAUGGAGGGUACAUUUCAGAAAAGAGACAACUUUUAUAUAAGGCUGGAUGUUUGUCGUAAUAAGAAAGCUUGCAAUAACUGGUUCAAUUCUCGUAUUGCAAGAAGAGGUCUUGUGGGAAAAAAGAGGUCAGCCAGCAGACCAAGAUAG